CAGAACAAAGAAGAAGAAGCAGCAGAAGUGUGGCCUGAGACGAUCGCAUCUCGGACUGUUGUUGUUGUCGAUGAUUUUCCCGCGAAAUUCCCGAAGUGACCGAACCUGCUGGACUGACGUGAGGACCGAGGACCAUGGACGCUGACGGCGACGCAGCCGCGGCCGAGAGCUUGGCAACCUCCAGGUCACGGAGAACCCUCAAGGACAGACAUGGACGGAAAGCAGCAUUUGAGCGACUCAAGGGUCUCAAGGGAUCAAAGCAUAAGUAUGAGGUUUCAGAGGUCGCCAACGUGUAUGAAGAGGUGGAUGAGAAGGAGUACUGCCGGCGACGACAGGACCGCCUCGAAGAUGACUGGAUUGUUGAUGAUGAUGGCUCAGGGUAUGUGGAAGAUGGAAGAGAAGUAUUUGAUGAAGAAAAUGAUGAUGACAUCUUCACAUCGUCGAAAGGCAAAAAAAGCAAGAAAAAGAAGGACUCCAGUGCUAAGAGCAAGGGAGCGUUGUCUGCCAGCCACGGUUCAGGCAGCAUAAAGGCCAUGCUGAUGAAUGUGCCAGCCAAGAGAAAGAAAACGGAACCACAAGUUCGUCUAGAUGAAGAUGACGUGCUUGGGGAUAUUUUGCAAGACUUGGGCAAGCAGAAAAACCCCCUCCUUCCCCCUCCGACAAAGCUACGCAAGACGACACUUGUCAACAGCACCCGAAGCAAGCCCACUAACCCCUUCGCCAAGCCUCUGACCAUCUCUCCCGUCCAAAUCAAGACAACACCAAAACUACUGAAGUCUCGGAACGUCACCCAAGAUUCCACCAGAAGUUACAUGUCGCCAAAGGCGAAGAGACAUUUACAGGUUGAAGAACAGUCAUCUCGGCAAGAAAAUUUGUCACAGCACAUCGACGAAAUUGACUCCCAGGAAGGAGCAGAUAUGGCCUUCAGUGAGGAUAUGCAGGCAAUGAUUGAUGAUUUUGAUGAUGAUGAUGACAGUGGCAUUGAUAGCAGCAACAAUAAGGCUGAAGUACCCAAGGAGGAAACUCUGCCGCCUAAAGAAGAAAAUGGUGCUGCCAAUAAAGGUUACACGAUAAAUACCGAGAUUGAUGAGGAUCAGCUCACGAGUGGCUGGGAGACCGUCAAGGAGGAGAUGGUGGAUACUCCAAAGGUGACAGAGGUCCACAUUGACUCUUCUCAACUGCCACUCACCACCAAUGCCAAUGGAGAACAAGUGUUCAGGUUCUACUGGCUUGAUGCAUACGAGGACAUCUAUGGCCAGGGCAGAGGGACCAUAUACCUGUUGGGCAAGGUGUGGAUAGAGGCGGCCAAGACCCAUGCCAGCUGCUGCGUGGUGGUCCAGAACAUACAGCGAAAGAUUUACUUACUCCCUCGAAAAACGCUGGUUGGUUCGGCCACAAAUCAGGAGACAGUUAGUAUGAUUGACGUUUACCGAGAAUUCAACACCAAAGUGGGCGCCAAGUUUAAUAUAAAACAGUUCAAGUCCAGGAAGGUGACCAAGAGUUAUGCUUUCGGCAAGCCAGGAAUCCCCAAGGAGUCUGAAUACUUGGAAGUCUGCUAUUCUGCUGAAUACCCAGCUUUGCCAAGCGAUCUGUGUGGCCAAACCUUCAGCCAUGUCUUUGGGACCAACACUUCCUUUCUGGAGCUGUUUUUGCUGGAGAGGCGGAUAAAGGGACCCGGCUGGUUGGACGUCCAGCUGCCCCAACUGUCCUCCCCACCUGUCUCGUGGUGUAAGAUUGAGGCCGUGGCACAGAAACCUGAGCACGUGGUGCCGGUGUCUGGCUUGGCAGCACCUCCCUUGGUGGUGAUGACCAUCAACUUCUGCAAGACAGUCAAGUCCAAGACUUCUGAGAAUGAAAUCUGCAUGAUCUCGUGUCUAGUUCAUCACGAGUUUCCUCUAAAUAAAGGUGUCCCUAACCCACCAUUCCAGACGCAGUUCUGUGCAAUGACCCACCCGUCAGACGUGCCUUGGCCGUGGGAUAUGAAAGGUGCGCUGGAAAGCAAGAUGAAGAUUGAGAAGAGCCCCAGUGAGAGAGCGCUGCUGUGUUACUUUUUGGCUAAGAUGCACAAAAUUGACCCUGAUGUUAUUGUGGGCUAUGACACCUUGGGACAUGACCUUCCUAUACUCCUGGACCGGAUAAGAAAAGAAAAUAUUCCUCAAUGGUCUCGCCUCGGCAAGCUGAGGAGAACACAGAAGCCCAAAGCUGGGGGAAAAGGCUUUGAGGAGAAGUCCGCCAUGUGUGGUCGCUUGUUGUGUGACCUGAAAAUCUCCGCCAAGGAACUCAUCCAGGCUAAGAGCUAUGAAUUGGCACCUCUCAUCAGCAAAGUCCUGCGAGUCCCUGAAGCCCAGGUUACAACACUCACUCCAGUCCAGGUCAAGAAGAUGUAUGAGUCAUCCGCUUCCCUCUACAAGCUCUUCAGCCACACCAUGAAUGAAACCCUGCAGAUCCUGCGCCUCAUGUGUGAACUCAAUGUUCUGCCGCUGGCGCUGCAAAUAACAAACAUUGCAGGAAAUGUGAUGUCUCGCACCCUUCUUGGAGGUCGGUCAGAAAGGAAUGAGUUCCUUCUGCUUCACGCCUUCACUGAGAAGAAUUUCAUUGUACCUGACAAGAGUUAUGGCAAGGCAUCACUAAAGGUGUCGCUCAAUGAGGGUGAAGACGAACACGAUGGCAAGCAAACCAAGGGACGCCGCAAGCCAGCCUACACUGGAGGUUUGGUGCUGGAUCCCAAGGUUGGCUUCUAUGAUCAUUACAUCCUGUUGAUGGACUUCAAUUCCCUCUACCCGAGCAUCAUUCAAGAGUACAAUAUUUGCUUCACCACAGUAACGUGGGGAGCCAUUGUGGAUGAAAUGGACAUCCACUCCUCCCUGCCAGAGCAAGGAUUGGAAGCAGGAGUCUUGCCCACGGAGAUCAGGAAGUUGGUGGAGAGCAGGAGAGAAGUGAAGAAGUUGAUGAAGGAACCAAACCUUUCCAAAGACCGCAGACUGCAGUACGACAUCCGCCAGAAGGCCUUGAAGCUCACCGCCAACAGCAUGUACGGGUGUCUUGGCUUCUCUUACUCCCGGUUUUGUGGUCCACACCUGGCGGCCCUCGUUACAGGAAAGGGACGUGAGAUUUUGCUGCAGACUCGCGAUCUUGUCACAAAGAUGAACUUGGAUGUCAUUUAUGGAGACACAGACUCCAUAAUGAUCAACUCAAACUGCAAAGAAUAUGAUGAGGUUUACAGGAUGGGCUACAAGGUCAAGGCAGAGGUCAAUAAGCUGUACAGGCUGUUAGAACUGGAUAUUGAUGGAGUAUACAAGUACAUGUUGUUGCUGAAGAAGAAGAAAUAUGCUGCCUUGGCUGUGACAAAGCUGCCCAGUGGGAAGACUGUGGAGGAGAUGGAGCUGAAAGGGUUGGACAUUGUGCGGCGGGACUGGGCUCAGCUGGCAUCCGACUGUGGCAAGCACAUUGUUAGUCAGAUUCUCUCCGAUCAAGGACAAGAAGAACGCAUUGACAACAUUCACGCCCAUCUUGCUAAAGUGAAGCAAGACCUGGAAGCUGGCAAGGUUCCGCUUGACCAACUGGCCAUCACCAAGUCCCUGACCAAGAGGCCUGAGGACUAUGCUGAUUCCAAGAGUUUGCCUCACGUGCAGGUGGCCCUCAGGAUGAAACAGAAGGGCCUCAAGGCACUGCGUCAAGGUGACACUGUGCCCUACGUCAUCUGUGAGGACGGCACCGCCAACCCAACAACACAGCGAGCUUAUCAUGUUGAUGAAGUGAAGGCAAAUAAGGAACUUGCCAUAGACAAGAACUUUUACUUGGCCCAGCAGAUCUACCCAGUUAUUUCUCGGCUCUGUGACCCAAUAGACGGAACAGAUGCUGGAAGAAUAGCAGAGUGUUUAGGCCUCGAUAGUUCAGUGUACAGAGGGGCAAAGCAGAGUGGCGCUACAGAGGAGAAGCUGGAAUCCAUAACUCAGGUCUCGACUGAAGAAUACUAUCGCCUGUGUGAGCGCUUCUCCUUCACGUGUCCGUCUCCAUCAUGUGAUAAUGUUAUUACGAUGGAUUCACCUCUCCAGGGAGCGGGCUCAGGUUCCAGCCUUGAAUAUGCUCUCCAGUCUUGCCCCACAUGCAGUUUCCCUAUUUAUUCUGCCACAACCUCCAUUCUCAACAAACUGAGGCUGGACAUCAGGAAGCAAAUCCAGAAGUACUACAAUGGGUGGCUCAUCUGUGAAGACCCCGGCUGUGACAACAGAACGCGCCGGGUGCCGGUGCGCUUCUUAAGGGGCUUCCCAGUUUGCGGCCUCUGUGAGCGAGGAGUCCUGUACAAAGAAUACACUGACACUCAGCUCUACAAACAGUUACUCUUCUACUCGCAUAUAUUUGACCUGGAAAGAGCUGGUGCAAAAAACAAAGACCUCCGUGUCCGCAAUGAGGACGUCCGCCAGGCUUACAAGCUCCUGCACUCUGUGGCAGGAAAGUUCCUGGAGCAGAGUGCAUACUCACACAUUAGCAUCUCAAAAAUCUUUGGAGCCAUGUCCAUAGCAGAAAAAGCACAGGUGUGUAAGGAUUAGUGCAAAUAAUGUAGUACUUGUAAAUAUGCCUGUUGUAUUCAAUGAGAACAGGGGCUAUUUAGUGUAGUGGAUAGUCUUCAGGGAAUUUUUAAGUAGUUUACUUGAUUUUUUUUCACAAAUUGCAGAGUUUUAUUAAGCAUACCAAAUAUUUGCUCAAAGAGCAUUGAUGAUAUUUACCUCAUUUGAACUGAAAGCUGCCCUAUUUUUCAAUUAUAAAAAUAAUUCAGUCUCUGUAGGGGCGGAGGGAGGGAGGGUGCUACCCUUGCAAACGAGGAGUGUGUAAAGAGGAAGAAUUGGUUGCCCCUUCAGGGGGAGAGAAUAGGGCAUCAUUUCUGGUAUACAGCUGGAUCUCAUCCUCACACUGUGUGCUCCACCUUAGAGAUAGUCCCCCCUCAUGGCUCCUCCAGAGUCUGCUCAUCACAGACUUCAAAGUUUUGUGUGAUUGUUGGACAUUUUUAAGGAUUAUUGUGACUGGCAAUAUUCAAUAGGUAAUUUUUAUAAUUAUAAUUGGAAAGUUUGUUUGAUAUUUAUUUGGAAAUGCAUAUAUUUUAUUUCUUCCAAGUAUUUUAAGUAAAUUGUCUUUAUUUUUACUUGUGUGGGUAAUAUAAUUUAUGAUAUAAUGAAGCUGUGUCUAGCUCCUGUAAAUAAAAGAUUACUAUGAUGAUUACAAAGAUUAUAUUUCUCUCCAAGGAGUCCAUUCAUGAACAGGUCACUGCUGGGGUUUACAAGCUAUUGAUUGAAUGUGUCACAGUGUCAUGUCAU